GGCGUUUUUGAAGCGUCUGCCGUUUUAAAAACGCGUUUGGUGUGUUUCAGCCCUUACGCGCCUGGGCAUAUGGACUGUGUGCACGGGGUUUACGAGGUAAAUGGAACGCAGCGUUUCUACCAAGCAGACAUCCAACCCAAAUAUGACGUCAUGGAAUAUUUUUAUUUAAAUUUUUAAUAACUGCAUGAUGAUUGACCAGUAAGAAAAUACAACAUAAUCCCAUAUCUUAGAAAACAGUGUUUUAGAAAAGCACGACGUUACGUAGCAUAGCAAAAUUAUGACAGAAAACAUACAAACAACUUCACAGAGCCAUAAGGGGAAAAUGGACGGAGCAGAAAGCAUUAGAAACUGCUCAAUUUUUCGAAAAAUCACCGUACUGCCGGAGGUUAACAAGUCCACAAUCAACAUCUAUGGCAGCAAAGCAGCCUUUGCAAAAGAAACAAAGAGGGCUUGUAUGCAAACGACCUGGGUUAUGCACCCCUACAGUUCAUUCAGUCGCUUUGAACAGAAGCUUCUGCUAUACCUUAACCAUAACCAUAUCCAUGUUUAUUAUCUUGUAUACUAAUAUCGAGCUAGCUAGCCAGCUCACUGUUUUUUGCACUCAGACACUUAACCCAUGGGCCACAAAUAUGGAGGAUACCUUGGCAACCAGUGCAAAAUUCAUCACCACAAACCACUCGUCCACUCUGGUCAUUGGUCAGAUGUGUCAGGGGCGGGAUCAAGAAAGUAAAUACAGGAAGAAGGUCCUGUGUUGAUCAUGGAUCGAUGAUCUUUCAUCCGUUGUCACUGCUGGCUGGCUGGGGAUCGCUGCUUUUGGGGUCUGAAGGCUGUCACUCACUGCUGCUUAUCGUUGGAAAGUCGUCAUCACUUGAAGUGGCCGCUCGGAGGGCAGUCACCACUGGAGUCACUGUGUCUCGCUCUUUGCUGAACAAUGCCGCCACUGCUCUUCUUCGCAUGGCCGCCCAGACAGGGUGUCUGCAUUAGCGUGGAGACAGCUUGGUGACGAGUUCUUGAACGUCAUAGUCCUGCAGAGUCUAGAGCCAUUGGGCCAGCUGCCCCUCCAGCUCUCUGAAUUUCAGCAGCCAGGUGAGAGAGACAUGGUCAUUGCGCAGUAGAACCGUCUGAAAAAAGACACUGGUACCAAGAAAAAAAAUUGACACGCACCCUGGCACAGUGGCUCCACCUGCUGCUUCUUCCCACUGGUUCGAGCUUCGUUAAGCCUGCCGGAAUAUUGCGCUUUAGUCGUGCUCCACUCCAGUGCAGUUCCCUGAUGAGAUCUUCAAUCAUCGGCGUCUCCAUUCCUCUAGCUGGUGCUUUAUCCCACUUCUGACACCAAUGUAGCAAAGACACAAGAGUCAGGCUUUUUUUUUGGCUCUAUGCUGUUUAUUGGCGCAAGGCAAUACAAGCUUCAGACUGAUACCAAGCAGGGGAAAGGAUCAGGGAUCUUGUACGCAGACAGAGGUUACGAGGCAAAUCAUUCUCCAUGCAUUUUCUUAUGAGAUGAAUGUUGGUUGCUACUGAACUAAUGUUAGCUAAGUUACUCAUUAUACCUUGUCUGAUCAACAAGAAAAGUGUUGACUUGAAAAGCUUACUGAAAAAAUAAGAAAGCUAUUUAACACAUUGUUACUUCUUUUAGGAAAUACUGGCUUGUCACUAUGAUUCUGGCAACUUUUGGGAAUGUGGUUGUUAUUCCUUUGAGUGUAAGCUUUUUCACUGAGGAGGUUUUCUACAAUCCUGCAUGGAUUUCAUUAAAUGUAGCUGUGGACUUUUUGUUCAUCGUGGAUCUAUGCCUAAAUUUCCGCAUUGGGUUUUUGAGUCAUGAAAAUGGAAUUGUUGUUUUGGAAACUGAGAAAAUAAAGAAUAAAUAUAUUAAAACAUGGUUCAUCCCAGACUUAGUAGCUGUGAUGCCAGUUGACUAUGUCAUUCUAAUUACUGAGGUUUUGGAAGUCCACACCAGUACAACUGGAAUUGCAGGUGCAAGAGUGGUAAAACUGAUUAAACUCACCCGAUUAUUCAGCUUGUUACGCCUACUGAGAUUUUCCAGGCUGCUGCGAUAUGCUCACAACUGGGAAGAGUUUCAUGGCUUGGAUGUUGGAGCCAUUGCUACUCUCCUUCAGUUUCUUCAUGUGAUUGUAGUCAUUGUUCUGAUGUGCCACUGGAGUGCUUGCUUCCACUUCAUGGUGGCUUCAAUCCAAGACUUCCCAGAGAAUAGCUGGGUCACUCGGGAAGGCCUUCAGAACAGAAGUAUGAUUAGGCAAUACACAACAUGCAUGUUUCGUUCACUUUGCCACAUGACGACCCUUAACUAUGGAUCUCGUGGAGUUCCCAAGGGUAUCACAGAUCUGUGGGUGGAUAUAAUCAGCAUGAUGGUGGGAACGGUUAUGUAUACCCUGGUCCUGGCCCGCAUAACAGCCCUGGUAACUCACUCCAGGGUCAGUGAGAAUGUCUACAAGAGCAAGUGCGAUGAGUUGUGCCAGUACAUGCGUCUGUAUCGCAUACCAGGUGCCCUGCGCGAGAGAGCCAUUUGCCAUUUGGCUAGCCGAUACCAGGGAAAGUGGUUUGAUGAGAAGGCUAUUCUGAUGGAGCUCAAUGAACCUCUAAGACGGGAAAUCAUAAGCUACAAUUGCUCCAAUCUCAUCAAAAAACACCCAGUCUUCAAAGAUGCCAAUCCUCUCUACCUGUUAGAGCUGCUGGACAAGUUGGAGUUUGAAUGCUAUCAACCCGGGGAACUCAUCAUUGGGAGAGGGACCAUGGGUGACUGCAUGUAUUUCAUUGACAAGGGCGAUGUUGAAGUGGACUCUCGUGGUUACACCCAAAUACUGUCAGAUGGGUCUUUCUUUGGAGAGCUGUGUGUGAUGACAGACAUAACCAGACGCCAAGCUGACGUGAGAGCAUUGACCUCCUGCCGCCUGUACAGCCUCAGUAUUAGUAACUACGAGCACGUCUCGAAGCUCUUCCCUAAAGCCAUGCAUGGGAUGGAAACACAGGCACAGCAGCUAUUGCAAGAUCUUAAAACAAUUAUUGAAUAGAUUUCAUGAUUUUUUGGAAAAAAUAAAUACGUUUGCUAAAUACUUAAA